GUAUAUAGUUAUCGUACUCUUUGUUAUAAAAUUAACAAUAAAUACGCAUUUUCCUCUGACCCCACGAAUAUUGCCGUGACUUUGGAGAACACCAGUGCAACAAACCCCUGAAAUCGAAUCACUUUGAAACCAAUAGGUAACGCGCGCCUGGCGUGGUUGGUUUUUAAGCUUUCUCCUACAAAGCUGGAGCUAACAAUGGACAACGAAUCGUGGGCCUGUUCGUCAGUGGAGAAGGACCUAACCAAGGUGGUCACCAAGCUAGAGCAGUUGCACGAUAAUGCUGAGGCGGACAUUGGAGACAUAGCCACUCAGAUGUCGGAGUUGGUCGAAGUCUUAAGCAGGGCGGAGCACCUAGUGACCACUCUAAACUCGAGCACUCAAGUCUCCCAAGAUGACCCAAUGGGAGAUGGGGUGAGCAUGCAGGUGGAAACAGAACCAACGGCUCCACAACGCCUCACUGAGCGACAGAUGGAGAGCAUCCGAAAAGCCAUUGCCAGGUGUAACGAGCGUGUUCAGAAACUGUCCACAGAGCACCGCGAUCUUCAUGGCUCCAUCUCGAAGAUCGGGAAAGCCAUUGACCGCAAUUUUAGUGCCGACUUCACAUCCACCAUGCGCGUGGAUGUUCUGCAAGACGACGAGAACUUGAUGUUGCUGAACAAGGCCAUAGCCAAGCACUACUGUCGUCAGGGAAUGGAUGAUGUAGCUCGCACAUUAAUACGCGAAUGCAAGAUGUCGCCAGAACAUGCUCAGGAUGUGUUUGACUCUGAGCGUGAGUUUGCUGACAUCUAUGGCAUGUGGGUGAAGAUCCAGAAACGUGAUUUGACCGACGCCCUUAAGUGGGCUAAAAUGUACUCCCAACAGCUGAGUGACCGUCACUCUCUAAUAGAGUUCCGUCUGCACCGCAUGCGCUUCAUGCAGCUUGUCUCGUAUGGAUUGGAUUCCCAGCGAGAGGCAAUCUGUUAUGCCCGUCUGAACUUCAAGAAGUUCGCAGUGCGCUAUGAACACGAGAUUGCCAAUCUUAUGGCCAGCUUCAUAUACCUGCCAAGUGGACUGGAGAACUCGCCAUACAAGCACUUCUUGGGCCAGGAGAUGUGGACUGAGCUGUCGUUCAUAUUCCUUAAGGAUGCCUGCCAACUGCUAGGCAUUAGCAAGAACUCGGCCCUUUCCGUCGUCGUAAAUGCCGGAUGCACCGCCCUUCCAGCACUGCUCAAUAUAAAGCAGGUGAUGCAAUCCCGACAGGUGCUGGGUAUGUGGAACGGCUGCGACGAGCUGCCAAUUGAGAUUGACCUGCAGCCGGAAUUCCGCUUUCAUUCGAUUUUUGCCUGCCCUAUCCUUCGCCAGCAGACAUCCGAAGACAACCCGCCCAAAAAGUUGACAUGUGGCCACGUCAUAUCCAACGAUGCCCUGCACAAACUUAGUGUUGGGCAUAUACUUAAGUGCCCCUACUGCCCUGUGGAGCAGAAUGCCGAGGAGGCUGUUCGCAUCUACUUUUAAGUCGCAUCAAUGUAUUCACCCUACGAUAAUCACCACUGCUUAUAUGGCUAGGCUCAGGCUGUUCGAGGACUGGUGUUGGUUGGCCGGCUUUCCUUAACAAAUCGUAAACAUUUUAAGAUAGCUUGCUUAGAUUCAUGUUUUUAGACAAAUUCGCAGAGCGGAAUCGAACUUCCUGGGCCGUGUGUUGUGCGUGUGUCCCACAUCCUAACAAACAAUUUAGAUUUAAAAUAUAUAUACUGUGUAUUUAAAGCAAACGACGAACGUGUUUUUAUGUACAAUUCAUGUUUAAUUAAAUACAAAUCGUCCGAAGUUCAA